UAAAACCGACUAACUUUAAAAUAGCCGAUAUGUUUCACGUUUGAAAUCGAUGUUUGAAAAUACGUCACGCGAAACACCCCUUCGCAUUUGCCGUUAGUGGUACGUUCCAUGCCGAACCCGGAAGAAACUUCACAACACAUGAAACGCGCGCACCAUUUGAGUGAAAUACAUACUUUUCAAAAAGGAUAGUGAGUUUUUAAUCAGUCGGUUUAGUAUUCUGAAACGGAUUAAACCCCCCCAUAAAUAAGAGAUAAAGCUUUACCAGGAUCCGUGAUCAUGCAGGAGGACUCGAGCCGCACCCCCACUUACACGCUGCCAUGUGAGGACUACGUUCACGUGGUUGAAUUCAGCCCUUUCUGCUCUGGCACCCCCGUCUCUCUGCUGGCCUACGGUGGAAACCAGUAUGUGGUUGUGGGAACCUGCCUCUUCCAGGAGGAGGACAUGGAGGUAGAGGGAGUUGAGUUCAAUGUCCUCCGCGCUUUCCAUCAUGAGUUGCGUGUUGAUGCUCUCGCUUGGAGCCCUGAGUCGAGGCUGGACAGAAUACCUACUAUCAGAUUCUGCACCGCCGCAGCCGACAGAAAGCUACGCCUGCUGACUUCUGAUCUCCAGGAUCGGCAUGAAGUCAAGGUGAUGGAGGGCCACACCAGCUACAUUAACCAUUUGGUGUUCGAGCCCACGGAGGGGAAACAAAUUGCUUCCGUCAGCGAUGACCACACUUGCAGGGUUUGGGACCUGGAUGGAAAUGAAAGCACUACUCUCAGACUUCGCUCUCCUGGCAUCAGCGUGUGCUGGCACCCGGAGGAAGCAUUCAAGUUAAUGGUGGCUGAGAAGAAGGGGACAAUACGCUUCUACGACCUGGUGACGCAGCAGGCCAUCCUGUCACUGGACUGCGGCCAGUCGCCGCUCAUGUCGGCCGACUGGUGCCUCACAAACACGAUCAAAGUCGGCGCCGUGGCAGGAAACGACUGGCUCAUCUGGGACAUAACUCGCUCCAGCUAUCCUCAAGAAAAAAGACCCGCUCACAUAGACAAAGCUCGGCUAUUCAAAUGGUCUCGAGCCAAUGAAAACCUAUUCGCUACCACUGGAUGUCCAGGAAAGAUCUGUAGUCAGCUACUUAUCCACCAUCUCGGCCACCCACAGCCGGUGACGAUCGGAUCCGCCGCGGUGGGAUCGGGCCUCAGCUGGCACCGGAGACUUCCGCUGUGUGUGAUCGGAGGCGACCGGAAACUCUGCUUCUGGAUGACUGAAAUGUAGACGUCUGCAACUGCACCUGCCACGGCGGAUGACUAGGUCCUGUGUUUCUACUCUCAUAAAUAAUCAAUAAAGUAUUUUUCUGAGUA